CGCAGCCACGGCCGCCCUCGACUCCAACUCCUCCUCAACGCCUCUCCUUGUCUCUCUCGCCGCCGGCCACCGAGAACCCUGCUCUCCGUCGUCGCAAUGGCCGCCACCAACGGCGCCGGUGCUGACCCCGUGCACGAGCCACCCCACAAGAUCACCAAGAUGGCCCCCCUGCUCAAGGUCAAGAAGCUCUCCGACAAGGCCAUCCUGCCGUCCCGCGGCUCCGCCCUCGCCGCCGGCUACGACCUCUCCAGCGCGGUGGAGAAGGUCGUGCCGGCGAGGGGCAAGGCGCUGGUGGCCACCGACCUGAGCAUCGCCAUCCCGGAGGGCACCUACGCGCGCAUCGGUGAGUCCCUCUUCUUUUUUCUCGGAUCACGUUUCUUGGCUGCGCGUCGGGUGUUUGACGAAAUGCUCACCGCCUCGUUCGUGUUCUUUGCAGCGCCGAGGUCGGGCCUGGCGCUGAAGCACUCCAUCGACGUGGGCGCCGGGGUGAUCGACGCUGACUAUCGCGGCCCCGUGGGUGUCGUGCUCUUCAACCACUCGGAGGUGGACUUUGCCGUGAAGCCCGGUGACCGCGUUGCACAGAUGAUCAUCCAGGUGAUUGCGACGCCGGAUAUCGCCGAGGUGGAGGACCUCGACGCCACCGUCCGUGGGGAGGGAGGGUUUGGGUCCACCGGCGUUUGAGCUUCGAGCCCUGGUAGAUAGAUCUAGAGAAGUGGUCUGUGUUAAGGUUUAGGUUGGUGGUGGAACCCUAGGGAAGGUACCCAUCUUUUGAUGGUUGUGUCAUUUGUGUGUGGCCGAUGUUAAAUGAAAUCUCGUGAUCUCUUCCAGCCA